UCGGGUUAGUUAUGUUAAUAGGUUAUAUUGCGUUUGAAAUUCGGAUGUCGACAACUCCGCCGCCAGAUUAUGGUGAGCCAUUGUAUUUAACACCGUUAUUGGACGACAAUAUUUCAAAAGCAAAAGAAUUGUCUAAAGUCAACUUGAAAUUAUCAUAUGGAAGUGAAAUUGAAAGUUACGCAGGUUUAUUUACUGUUAAUAAAAAAUAUAAUUCAACAUUAUUUCAUUGGUAUUUUGUGGCUGAAGAGCAACCAAAAACCGCCCCAUUAUUAUUAUGGCUAAAUGGUGGUCCUGGUGCCACAUCACUUUUUGGAUUAUUUCAACAACAUGGACCAUUCCAAGUUAACAAGGAUAUUGAAUUAGAGAAACGGGAAUAUUAUUGGACAAAAAACCAUCAUGUAAUUUAUUUGGAUAAUCCAGUUGGAACUGGUUUUAGUUACACCGACAGUGAUGAAGGAUAUUCAAAAAAUACCGAAGAUAUCUCAAAAAAUUUACUUGAAGCUUUAGAGCAAUUUUUUAAAAUGUGGCCAAAUUUAAAAAAGAAUGAUUUUUAUUUAACUUCUGAAUCGUAUGGUGGGAAAUAUUUACCAAAUUUAGGAAAUUUAAUUAUUCAAGAGGGUAAAUUUGAAAAUUUUAAAGGUGUAGCGAUUGGUAAUGGAUAUAUCGUUCCAGAAGAUCAAGUACAUGGAUUUGGUGAAUAUUUAUAUCAACAAGGAUUCAUAGAUACAUCGACCAAGGAUGUAUUUAUUAAGAAAGAAAAACAAUGUAGCAAAAUUAUAAAAUUAAUUAAUCAAAAGAAGUACAUACCGGAAAAAAGGACUAAUGCUUUGCCUUGUCUCGAAAUAGUAGAUCCAUCUACAAAUAACUCUCUGUUUGGUAAUGCUACUGGUUAUGGUUAUGUAUAUAAUAUCUUAAAAUCUCGACCACCAGUUGAGGACAAUUUACGCCUAGAAUUAUAUCUUCAAAAAGCAUCUGUACGUAAAUCGAUACAUGUAGGAAAAUUGAAAAGAUAUGCUCACUCAAACGAUCAAAUCAAAGUUCGACAAAAUUUAGGAAGAAGUAUAUUUAAAUCAGAGAAAAAACAUCUCGAAGAAUUAUUGGCAAAGAAUUACAGAGUGCUAAUCUAUAGUGGCCAAUUGGAUGUUAUUUUCCCAUAUGUUGCAGCUGUUAAUUAUUUAAAAACAUUGGAUUUUGAAUAUAUGGAUGAAUAUAAUCAAGCACCGCGGUUAAUUUGGAAAGUGGAUGAUGAUGUAGCAGGCUAUAUUAAAAGUGCAGGACCUUUAACAGAAGUGAUGGUUAUUGGUGCUGGUCAUAUGGUGCCGAUGGAUCAACCGAAACGAGCAUGGGAUUUAAUUACAAAAUUUACGAGAAAUAAAUUUCCAACAUAGCAAGAGAUGAUUUUUUACAAAAUUAACAUUAAGAUUGCAUUGUAUAAAUAAAUUGUAUCAGUUUUUCACCACAUUUCAAAUAACGUUAUAUUUUUAUUUAAU